AUGGCCAAGAGAGUUCGAGAGCUGGAGGAGGAGGAGACGAAUUCAGCUGUAGAGCAAGAGGCUAGGGGGGUACAAACAAAAGUCAACAAAGCAGAUCAAGCCAUCACUGCUGCAGUGCAAGAGAUCAAGGGAGUUGUGGAAAAGAUCAAUGGAGUAGUGGACGAGAUCAAGGGAGUAGUGGACGAGAUCAAGGGAGUAGUGGAAAAGAUUAAUGGAUUAGAGGACGAGAUCAAGGGAGUAGAGGCAAAGAUUGAUGGAGUAGACCAAACCAUGGCUGAUGUAGAGCAAGAGAUCAGCCAGGCACAAGACCCCAAUAUGAAGCCUGUCUUGAUCAUGAAACAAACGAAGCUUGAAGGUGAAAAGCAACAGCUUGCGGCCAGAGAGAAACGGCUUCGAGGUGACAAGAAACAGCUUGGAGUUAGAGAGAGACAGCUUCGAGAUAAAAAGGCGAAGCUUCGAGAGGAAAUGAAGGAAAAGAAGCAGGCAGCUUUUACCUGGACAGAGUCAGAAGCUCGGCUUGACGGUAUGGGGUUUUGCAAGGAGGAGAAAUACUUCCGUCUAGAUUGCUCUUACUUAAGGGGCACAAAUGUAAACAGCGGAGAGCAGCUUCUUCUCUACUGCCGAAAAGCCUUCCUGGAGCAGUUCCGUUUCCUGCGAGAGCAAGUGCUAGAGCAUGGUGCUCUUGGAUGGAUACAAGGCUCUCCAGGAACAGGGAAGACAACAACAACUCUUUCGUUUUGUAUGACGCUGGAUAGGAAUGAGUGGAGCUUCAAAUGCAUCAGGCUGAAGGCCAGAAGCAACACCUGUGUCGUGGAGGUGACAGGCAACAAGAGAAGAACAUGCUCUGUCGCAAAGGAGUCUGAGGGGGAACAGAUGAAACUGUUGCUUGAAGGGUUGUUAGACGGCAAAAAGAGCCUCCUGGUGCUCGAUGGCUACUUGACACACCAAGAAUCUCACACGAGAGCUUUGGUAGCAUGUAUAGGAUGGCGGGAUGCUGACAGGCAAAAUCGACGUCUUGUGGUGGUGACGUCAAUGGCUUCUCGAGGAAAGACCUACGAUGAAGAGGAUCGAGAGUUGGGGCUGAAGGAGCACAUAGUUCCAUCAUGGAGGAUCGAUGAAUAUCUAGAGGCAGUGCAGUUUGACGAGUUUUACAACAAGGUGGCUCCCACCUUGGAAAUGAAUGUGACAGGAGAGGUUUUGGGUUUCAAGAUGACUACACGGCCGAGAUCGAAAGAAGAGCGAGUGAGGCAUAAGCACUACCUCGCAGGUGGGUCAUGUCGGUACAUGUUCGACAUGACUGCGGCGGAGGUCCUGCGGUCCUUGGAUCUUGCGCUUUUAUGUGCUCCAAACUUACAAGAUCUUUUUCGGGGCCAUGUAGGCGCUUCCUCGGGGGAUCUGACGAACAGGCUGACUGCUACUUUGGUAACUCAGGAGAAGGUGGUCAGGUUUCCUGUGAGCAAGUACGUAGCCAGCAAUCUUGCGGCGUCCGCGGGUGCGGUUGACAUACUGAGAAGAAUGUUGACGGCCUUUAGAGGCCCGCGAGCCAUGCAUGGUGAGCCUGAAGUUUUGAAAGCAUGCAAUCUCGUUGUAAUCUUGAAUCCGUCACAAGACACGGACUCUCUUCCCCACACGAGGGUGUGUCUCAAGCCAAUCAGUGAAUUUCAAGGUGGCUGGGACGCAAUCAUUGUAGAUAAGGAUGACAAGGUCGUGCAGUUUUUUCAGCUGACGGUGGCAAAGGAUCACUCUCUCAAGCUCUCGUAUUUCUUGACAGCUCUUGAGGCUCUGGGGAUUCCUCCAGGUGGGACGUGGACGAUAAGGAUCGUUUUUGUCGUUCCGCCGGAGGAUGGAAUGUUGUUCCGAAUAGCCUCUGUCAAGGAUGACGGGGCGCUAGAGCAGUACAUGUGGAAGAAAGGGGAGGAGCGGUCAAUGGUCCAGGUGGCGAGUAUUGAUUUCAAUCGAGGAUACGUUAGUUAG